AUGCUAACACCAGAAGAAGAAGAAAAUUGUUUAUUCAAAUUGGCUAAUGUAUUGGCUACCGCAUUUGAAAUGUUUCAAGGUGCUCCAAUCAAGGCGAUUCAAAAUAUGGAAGCUGUUUGGGGUGUUAAAGAUACUAAAAAGAUUCUGACUUCUCAAUGUAAUGCACUUGAGAUGGCCAUUCAAUUUGGACUAGAUGCACCUUUACUCAAUCAUUAUUGUUUAGGAGUUCCACGUAAUAGAGCUGCUCUAGGUUAUUUGAAUUAUGGUAUUCUUAUCAUCUCAUAUGUAUCCACAAUGGAAACUAGAGCAUUGAAUCGAAUGAAUGGAUAUGAGAUUUGGUUUAAUAUCUUUACCUUGGGAGUCACAUUAGAUAAGACUGGAUCAAUCUUAGAACAUGGUUGGUGUGUCUUUAUAGCAAAUCUUUGGAAUGGAUUGUCAAUUGAACAGUCUCAUCAAGUUUUAUCUUGUUUAGCUAUCUUUGUGUUUCCUAGACUAGCUUUCAUUACACUUUUGGAUGAUCUUUUGAUUUUAUCUUUUAGAUCGAUGAUGAGUCAUUUUGUGUUUUUAAUGUUAUUAGGAGCUUGGUGUUUUCUUGGCUUUUUAUAUUCACUUUAUAUGCUUCAAGUUAGUUUAACUGAAGCCGGUGAAAUGGAAAAAUAUUCAAUCGGUCAAAUCGCUAAACGGAUGGUUUACAUUUUCUUUGGAUUAGAUGCUACUGGCAUCACGAAUCACGAUUGCUCACGAAAGAAUGGUGAUCCAAAAGUUUGA